CCAGUGCACGCCUCACCGGGUCGAAUCUGGGCCUCCGGGGGAUCCGCGCGAGGCGGAGUCUCGGAGACGCUCCCCGCUGGUCUCCGGGUGCUGGCGCCACCUCCCCUCCCUUUGCCCUUCACCGCGCCCUGCCCUCCCUGGGCUGCGGCGUUUGUCCACGGCUGGGCAGCCGGCCUGUCCCCUUUAGCUUGCGUUCCCGUGCCCUCCCCCGAAUAGCGCCAGACCCGGGGUUUCCCAGAUGCCGCCUGUAUAACUUGCUCACCGGGUAACUCAUUUGAUUUUGGAGUUCCUUUAAUUCUUCUGAAAGAUUUCAAAGCCUCCAGAAUCCAAAAUGGGACACGGUAAACAGAUUAGAAUUUUACUACUAAACGAAAUGGAAAAGCUGGAAAAGACCCUCUUCAGACUUGAACAAGGAUUUGAACUACAGUUCCGAUUAGGCCCAACUUUGCAGGGUAAAGCAGUUACUGUGUAUACAAACUACCCAUUUCCUGGAGAAACAUUUAAUAGAGAAAAAUUCCGUUCCUUGGAUUGGGAAAAUCCGACAGAAAGAGAAGAUGAUUCUGAUAAAUAUUGUAAACUUAAUCUGCAACAAUCGGGAUCAUUUCAGUAUUACUUCCUUCAAGGAAAUGAGAAAAGUGGUGGAGGUUACAUAGUUGUGGACCCUGUUUUACGUGUUGGCAGUGAUGAUCACGUGUUACCCUUGGACUGUGUUACUCUCCAGACAUUCUUAGCCAAGUGUUUAGGACCUUUGGAUGAAUGGGAAGACAGACUGAGGGUUGCAAAAGAGUCAGGUUACAACAUGAUUCAUUUCACCCCACUGCAGACACUCGGACUAUCUAGGUCGUGCUACUCCCUUGCUGAUCAGUUAGAAUUAAAUCCUGAUUUCUCAAGACCUAAUAAAAAGUAUACAUGGCAUGAUGUUGGACAGGUCGUGGAAAAACUGAAAAAAGAAUGGAAUAUUCUUUGUAUUACAGAUGUUGUCUACAAUCAUACUGCUGCUAAUAGUAAAUGGAUCCAGGAACAUCCAGAAUCUGCAUAUAAUCUUGUGAAUUCUCCACACUUAAAACCUGCCUGGGUCUUAGACAGAGCACUCUGGCAUUUUUCCUGUGAUGUUGCCGAAGGGAAAUACAAAGAAAAAGGAAUACCUGCUUUGAUUGAAAAUGAUCAACACAUGAAUUGUAUUCGAAAAAUAAUUUGGGAGGAUAUUUUUCCAAAGAUCCAACUCUGGGAAUUUUUCCAAGUAGAUGUUCACAAAGCAGUUGAACAAUUUAGAAGACUUCUAACACAAGGAAACAGGAGAGUAACCAAGUCUGAUCCGAAGCAGCAUCUGAAGAUUAUUCAGGAUCCUGAAUACAGACGGCUUGGCUGCACUGUGGAUAUGAACAUUGCACUAGCGACUUUUAUACCACAUGACAACGGGCCAGCUGCGAUUGAAGAAUGCUGUAAUUGGUUCCGUAAUAGAAUUGAUGAAUUGAAUUCAGAGAAGCAUCAACUCAUGAAUUAUCAUCAGGAACAGGCAGUUAAUUGCCUUUUGGGAAAUGUGUUUUAUGAACGACUGGCUGGCCAUGGUCCUAAACUAGGACCUGUCACUAGAAGAUAUCCUUUAGUUACCAGGUAUUUUACUUUCCCAUUUGAAGAAAUGGCCUUAUCUGCAGAAGAAUCUAUGAUUCACCUUCCAAAUAAAGCUUGUUUUUUCAUGGCACAUAAUGGAUGGGUGAUGGGAGAUGAUCCUCUUCGAAACUUUGCUGAACCAGGUUCAGAUGUUUAUUUAAGAAGAGAACUGAUUUGUUGGGGAGACAGUGUUAAAUUACGCUAUGGAAAUAAACCAGAGGACUGCCCUUAUCUCUGGGCACAUAUGAAAAAAUAUACCGAAAUAACUGCAACUUAUUUCCAGGGAGUGCGUCUUGAUAACUGCCACUCAACACCUCUUCAUGUAGCUGAGUACAUGUUGGAUGCUGCUAGGAAAUUACAACCCAAUUUAUAUGUAGUAGCUGAACUGUUCACGGGAAACGAAGAACUGGACAAUAUCUUUGUUACUAGACUGGGCAUUAGUUCCUUAAUAAGAGAGGCAAUGAGUGCAUAUAAUAGUCAUGAAGAGGGCAGGUUAGUUUACCGAUAUGGAGGCGAACCUGUCGGAUCUUUUGUUCAGCCCUGUUUGAGACCCUUAAUGCCGGCUAUUGCACAUGCUCUGUUUAUGGAUAUUACCCAUGAUAACGAGUGUCCUAUUGUGCAUAGAUCAGCCUAUGAUGCUCUCCCAAGUGCCACAAUUGUUUCUAUGGCAUGUUGUGCUAGUGGAAGUACACGAGGCUAUGAUGAACUAGUACCUCAUCAGAUAUCAGUGGUUUCUGAAGAACGGUUUUAUACUAAGUGGAAUCCUGGAGCAUCCCCAUCAAAUACCAGUGAUGUCAAUUUCCAAAGUGGAAUUAUUGCAGCCAGGCAUGCUAUCAAUAAACUUCAUCAAGAGCUUGGAGCCAAGGGCUUUAUUCAGGUGUAUGUGGAUCAGGUUGAUGAAGAUAUAGUGGCCGUAACUAGACAUUCACCCAGUAUCCAUCAGUCUGUUGUGGCUGUAUCUAGAACUGCUUUCAGGAAUCCCAAAACUUCAUUUUACAGCAAGGAAGUGCCUCAAAUGUGUAUCCCCGGCAAAAUUGAAGAAGUAGUUCUUGAAGCUAGAACUAUUGAGAGAAAUACAAAACCUUAUAAGAAGGAUGAGAAUUCAAUCAAUGGGUUACCAAAUAUCACAGUAGAAAUUAGAGAACAUAUUCAGCUUAAUGAAAGUAAAAUUGUUAAACAAGCUGGAGUUGCCACAAAAGGGCCCAAUGAAUAUAUUCAAGAAAUAGAAUUUGAAAACUUGUCUCCAGGAAGUGUUAUAAUAUUCAGAGUUAGUCUUGAUCCACAUGCACAAGUUGCUGUUGGAAUUCUUCGAAAUCAUCUGACACAGUUCAGUCCUCACUUUAAAUCUGGGAGCCGUGUUGUUGACAAUGCAGAUCCUAUAUUAAAAAUCCCCUUUGCUUCUAUUGCCUCUAAAUUAACUUUGACUGAGCUAAAUCAGAUACUUUACCGAUGUGAAUCAGAAGAACAGGAAGAUGGUGGAGGUUGCUAUGACAUACCAAACUGGUCUUCCCUUAAAUAUGCAGGUCUUCAAGGGCUAAUGUCCGUAUUGGCAGAAAUAAGACCAAAGAAUGACUUGGGGCAUCCUUUCUGUGAAAAUUUGAGAUCUGGAGAUUGGAUGAUCGAUUAUGUCAGUGGCCGGCUUAUUUCACGUUCAGGAAAUAUUGCUGAAGUUGGUAAAUGGUUGCAGGCUAUGUUCUUCUACUUGAAGCAGAUCCCACGAUACCUUAUCCCAUGUUACUUUGAUGCUAUAUUAAUUGGUGCAUACACCACUCUUCUGGAUGCAGCAUGGAAGCAGAUGUCAAGCUUUGUUCAGAAUGGUUCAACCUUUGUGAAACACCUUUCACUGGGUUCAGUCCAAAUGUGUGGAGUAGGAAAAUUCCCUUCUCUGCCACUUCUUUCACCUUCCCUUCUGGAUGUACCAUAUAGGUUGAAUGAGAUCACAAAGGAAAAGCAGCAGUGUUGUGCUUCUUUAGCUGCAGGCUUACCUCAUUUUUCUUCUGGUCUUUUCCGCUGCUGGGGAAGGGAUACUUUUAUUGCACUUAAAGGUUUACUGCUGGUUACUGGACGAUAUUUAGAAGCCAGGAAUAUUAUUUUAGCGUUUGCUGGUACCCUGAGGCAUGGUCUCAUUCCUAAUCUCCUCGGUGAAGGAACUUAUGCCAGAUACAAUUGCCGGGAUGCUGUGUGGUGGUGGCUCCAGUGUAUUCAGGAUUACUGUAAAAUGGUUCCAAAUGGUGUAGACAUUCUCAAGUGCCCAGUUUCCAGAAUGUAUCCAACAGAUGAUUCUGCUCCUUUGCCUGCUGGCACACUGGAUCAGCCAUUGUUUGAAGUAAUACAGGAAGUCAUGCAAAGACACAUGCAAGGCAUACAGUUCCGAGAAAGGAAUGCUGGACCACAGAUAGAUCGAAACAUGAAGGACGAAGGUUUUAAUAUAACUGCAGGGGUUGAUGACAAAACAGGAUUUAUUUAUGGAGGAAAUCGCUUAAAUUGUGGCACAUGGAUGGAUAAAAUGGGAGAAAGUGACAGAGCUAGAAACAGAGGAAUCCCAGCCACUCCAAGAGAUGGGUCUGCUGUGGAAAUUGUGGGCUUGUGUAAAUCUGCCGUUCGUUGGUUGCUGGAAUUAUCCAAAAAAAAUAUUUUUCCUUAUCAUGAACUUAGAGUAAAAAGACAUGGUAAGCUGUUCCUUUUAUCAUAUGAAGAAUGGAACAGAAAAAUACAAGACAACUUUGAAAAACUGUUUCAUGUUUCAGAAGAUCCUUCUGAUUCUAAUGAGAAGCAUCCAAAUCUAGUUCACAAACGUGGCAUAUACAAAGACAGUUAUGGAGCUUCAAGUCCUUGGUGUGACUACCAGCUCAGGCCUAAUUUUACCAUAGCAAUGGUUGUGGCCCCUGAGUUGUUUACUACAGAAAAAGCAUGGAGAGCAUUGGAGAUCGCAGAAAAAAAAUUACUUGGUCCCCUUGGCAUGAAAACUUUAGAUCCAGAUGAUAUGGUUUACUGUGGAAUAUAUGACAAUGCCUUAGACAAUGACAACUACAAUCUUGCUAGAGGUUUCAAUUAUCACCAAGGACCUGAAUGGCUAUGGCCUGUUGGAUAUUUUCUUCGUGCAAAGUUAUAUUUUUCCAAAUUGAUGGGUCCGGAGUGUAGUGCAAAGACAAUGUUUUUGGUUAAAAACGUUCUUUCUCGACAUUAUGUUCAUCUUGAGAGAUCCCCUUGGAAAGGACUUCCAGAACUGACCAAUGAGAAUGGCCAGUAUUGUCCUUUCAGCUGUGAGACACAAGCCUGGUCAAUUGCUGUUAUUCUUGAAACACUUUAUGAUUUAUAGUUGGUUCAGAUAUAUUUAAUAAAUAUACAACUCCAUUAUGCAAUGCAAGAU